GAACUCCACACGUUUUGUGUGGGGCACUGAAUAAUUUCUGCUGCAGCAGUUACGUACUUUGGGUUUUGUGAGCCUGUGACUGUUCAUUUAUUGGUUGAGAAUCUUCAGAUUCAUGCUUUAUAGCUCCAUGAAAUGAAAUCGAGCAUUCACUUCCACUUUGCAAAAAAAAAAAAAACCCAUUUUUAAUUGCUCUCUCUCUCUCUCUCUCUCUCUCUCUCUCUCUCUCUUAAUGGCCCUCUGUUUCUUUCCCAUAAAUUGGGUGUCUCUCCUGUUUCUUUUCUUGGCCUUGAUUUUCAAUCUCACUUCCUUCCUCAUCCCUCGUUCCGAGUCUCUGUUUCUUCAGAAAAUCCCUGAAAGUGAAGGGCUUUGGAUAGCAUGUCAUGGGCUGCCCAUGGGACAAUCGAGAGAUGUUUGAAAGGUAUGUGUAUGAUUACUUGAUGAAAAAUGGUAAGGGUGAAAUUGCAGAGAUCUUCAGGUGUGAGGCUAAUCUCCCCUUCGAUCCUAUGUCUCCUCCUGGAGGGGAUAGGGGAAGGGGUGCUGCAAUUCGCAGCUAUAAGACUCGAACCCGACACUUCGGUUCAAAUCCUCAGUACCCAAAAAUCGAUUGAUGUUCCUGACGGUUUUCUCCACGAAUGGUGGUUGAUAUUUCAUGAAAUAUUUAAAGGAUGGCAACAAAAUAAUUCAAACAAUAACCAAGGUUCCUCCAACAUGGCCAAAGAAAUGGUCAAUGUGAAGAUUCAACAAGGCAAUCCUUCCCAAUCCAGAGAGCAGGAGAUGAAUGAAGAAAUGAUUAGGGAGCUGACUGGUAGUAGUGAUUUCGCAUUGACCAUAGUGGACAACCCAAUACCACUGGAAAGUGGGCAAACUUCUCAAGGUUUGACAUUUCAACCUCAACAAACAUCAUUGGCAGACUCAAAGAGAUACUGUCAGCCGGUUGACCUUUCAGAUAUAAUCGCUCUACGAGUGAGUUCCUCAAGUUGUGAAACACUGGAAACGAAAAAGGUUGCACUUGCUGAGAGUGGAAGAAAAAGCAAGAAUUCUACUGGCUCUGGAUACGGAAGUAAUAGUGUGCCAGUAGCUGCUGAUUGUCCUUCAGAAACUUCUUCACCAAUUUGCAAGUCUUUCGAUAAAUUAUCUCAUUCACCUGAUAGUGGCAAUAAAGAUGAGGGAAAGACUUCUUCAAGCGAUUCACGAACAAAUCAUGCAACUGCUGACACUAAAACUUCGAAGGUUAAAGGUUCCAGACACUUUUGAUGCAACGCUAGGUUUCAUACUUCAAUAAGUAUUAGGAAUAAUUCUUGCUGCAAACAAGGCUGGUCUUGAACUAUAGACAUUUAUGGCACUUCAAUAAAGAUUGAGCAUUACACUUUGUGUUUCUUGCACCACCUCCCAUUUAAAAGUUCUACCGAAUUUUAUAAUUUUCCUGUUAGUUACUUUUCCAUAAUUUCUCGUUUUCUCUUCUUAUCAUGGGAAGUACAAAAUAUUUUGAAUAUGAUAUCUCAAAUACCCGAACUCAUGCCAAUGUUCUCGUGUCGUUGACAAUAUUGUUGCUUUCUGGGCUUGUCCAUUAAUGUGAUAUAUAUAUCUCACAUAGUUUCAAUUUGAUUUUUAUGCUUUGUGGGCAAUGAGUGUCCAUAAAAUGCUCGAUCUUGCUAUAAGAUAUCAACAUCUAGGAAAGCGAUUUCCACUUGGGUGGGGGGGUGGGGUGGUUUAAUCAUUGGAAUAUAUUGUCUUUAUAGUUGUAGAUGGAGUAUAUUGUUAGAAACAUCUUUAACCGUUGAAAAAACGAAUGUGUGCCUUGAUUAAUUGGAUACUAAUGGGCAAUAUACAUUUGCAUAACAAUUCAGAUAUUCAUUCCUUUAGUGAAUUGAUGGUAACAAUUUCAAGAAAAAAAAGGUAAAAAAGGCAUCUUAGUGAAUUGAUUUGAUCAGAAUGCGCUCAAUAACUCGAAAGGAGUCCACAAUCAUACAUGUAAAAAAAAUUAGUUGUGAGAUUUUGAAGCUGAUAUUUCAUGAUCGCCAAGAUGUUAUUUUUUAGGUGGUGGCACAUUAUGUAGGUUUCGACCUUCAACUUACAACAUUGAAGGUUUGAUCUUUUGUUUUUAACAAUAGACACUCCACUUGCAUUGAUGUCUCUUAGUAAAGUGCUAAAUUGGUGACUUGCAUUUGUUACAACUUCUCGUUUGACAUUAAUGUAUUAUGUUUUCCUUUUCUGGAAAUCUACUUUUAGGCUUCUACAAACUUCUUAUUCUCUGUUGAAGCUGUUGUGAAAUGUUCGAGUCCAGCCAGUCAUGGAAUCCUAUGGAGUGUUAGAUUUGCUUUGAUAACAUCACAUGAUGGUUCUCCCUUGACAAUUUUGAAGGGUUUCACUAGCCAGUGAAGAUCAUAGUAUGAAUUGAAUAAAGUCUCUUUGCUAAAUUUCCUUGUGCGUGCACGAGCCAUCAUUCUCUGAUAACCAAUAAUCUUCAGCUUGUGUCGCACAGCGCGGGAGUGGGGUGUGGGAAUCCUUUUCUAAGUCGGGUUCUGUAAUCAUGUUAAAAGAACUUUUGGACAAGAGCUGAGAGUUGCAUUUAAUGGAAAACAUGCCCGCUUGUAUGGGAAUCGUUGAAAACCAUAAAGAUAACAGGUGAAUCUCAUCAGGAAAAAUACUUGGUUAAGGGAAACUUUUGAACGGUAUCAGAACCGAGCCUUUAUAUAAUUGAAGCUGCACUUGGUUAUAGGUUUGAACUAGGAUGAUCAGCAGACGAGUUGGGGUUAGGGGUGAGAUGCCACCCUAAUACAGUUCUAUCUUGUUUUCCUUCAAAGUGUAUCAAUAUGGCUUUACACAACAUCCAGUGCAAAUCUUUUUAUGACACAAUUGAGGCAAACUUUGAAUCACCUAAAAGGUUGCACCCGUGCUUAGCAGCUCAGCAGAAGCGUGCUUUUGCACCCAAUAUGACGAACACAACUAGAAACAUAAAACACAAAACUAAUGCAAACUACAUUGCAUUACAGAAUGUGAUCACACCAGAAUCAGUAGUCAGUGCCUAAUCUUUUUUUUCUUGUGUCUCGUGCUGUCUUAAAUGGGGUAAAAACACUGUGUUCUCUCAUAUUGAUUUGUUUACCCAUGCCAGAAGGAACCUCAUUAUGCUUGGAAUUCGUCCUUUUUUGUUGCUGGAGUCAUCAAAGGAUUAAUUAUGCUUGGAUUCGUCCUUUUUGGUUGCUGGAGGAGUCAUAGACAGAACAUUCAACCAUUGAAGGGUUGCCCAUUUCUGCUAUGAAAAGUUGGUAUUGAUCUCCAAGAAUGAAACCAAGUGGUGAGCAAAAUGCAAUGGUGAAUCCCUUGUGUCUACCCAGACCUCUUACCCAGCAAGUGUGCAGGACUAUUUUCUGCUGCUGACCGAGAUCAUAGAUUUAAUGUUUUGAGCUAUGUUUAUGUUGCCAUUCAUGCUGUGAGAGGUACUUCAAACCUUGUCCUGCAUUUGGUUGUGAGUCUCGUGACAAACCUGAAUUUCAUGGUCAGGGACUUCUAGAGACACGUGAUUUGGCUUUCCCUGGCAUUCUCCGCACAAUUUUGUAUCUUUUGCUUAUUUUCUUCAUUUAUGUUGGGUUAUUCAUAAUCUCUCGCCACAGGUAGUUAGCAGACUAUGCAUCAAUUUGUGAGUAAGUACUUCAUCCGGUACCAGAUUGGAGUUGUCUCUUAUAUCUGGCUUUAGCGAGGCAAAUUCUGUUAUAGCGACUCCAUACCGACAGGAUGCAUCUAAAGUUUGUGUUAUAUCCCGAUGCCAAAGGUAAAAUACAACAGCAUUGCAAACUCAUGAAUAACUUUACAUUUCGUCAAGUUUGCAUCAAGCACAUAGUUGUGUCAUUUAUGCAUUCGUGUGUGACAAAUUUGGACAGCUUGUGCCAGAUUUAGUGUUGUAAUGUUCUGCAUGUAUUUUCUGAAUUUAAAGUUUUGUAACCGGUGCAGGUAGUAUUACGUGAGUGAUUUGAGGCAUAGACUCGAUCAGGACCAAGUGAUGUGAACAACUAAAGCCGACUUUUUUUAACCUUGCGGAUCAAAUUCAUCCUAACUCACCUCUGAAUGACUCUUUUUUUCAGCUAACAGGCGAAUAAAUCGUAACAGGCGUGCCGCAUCAGAAACAGGUGAUUUUCACAGUUCGAUGCCAACUUGUUGGUAGCUGAACAAGUAAUCAUCUUCACAUUCCGUCAAAGGUACAAGCAACAAACUUUAUUUCAGCCCCCAUCGUUAUGCAGUUUUACCACGUACCAAUAGCAUGGUCGAGUUGGAAUCUUCCUGAUAAAUUCGUAGCUCACAUUCCUUCAGACGAAAUGAUCAACUGUUGCAGUGACUGAUCAAAUGUUGUGUUCUUCAACCGGGUAAUACCUUAGCUGGAUGUUGGUCUGCAGAGAUUUACUGUCUUAUAUGUCGGUUCAUAUUGACCAUAAGUUUGGCAAAAGCAAAAAAAAAAAAAGGAUUUAGUCUACAGUUCAUUUUGUAGAGUCACUUUUAACCUCUACGACGUCUACGUACAAGUGAGAAUGUAGAUCCAAUUGAUGAACUUAACAUACUAAAUCAGAUUACUUGGAGCUCCCUAAUCCUUUCUAAUGACAAAUUGUUACAUUUCCUUAAGUUGGUCUGAGAACUGUGAUGAGAACAAAAGGUGCUAUCGAUGGGCAGAUGGAUAUUGUUCAAAAGUUUGUCUCUGCUGCAUUGUUUUAAGGUUUCUUUUCCAUGGUACUUGACACUAUUGAGUUUAACAUAGGCCUACCAGGUUUUUAGGUAGAGAAUUAGAGAUAAAACUUUUUGCUCUAUCUCCGAAUACCCAUUCACUCAAUACUGAUCUGCUUUCAUUUCCACUUUCCCUAAGGGAACCCAGAUUUUUUCGUGCAUAUGAGUUAUUUUCUUGUAUCUGUACAAUUAGCCAGAGGGUAUCAAUAUAUGUAAAAAAAAAUUACUUUUAUUAUAUUCAUCGCAUGCCCAGUACAUCUUGAGGGGAGAACAAGAAAACAGCACAUAAGAACACAGCCUACAACUCCAUGGAAACACAUCCCACAUCAAGUCCAGAUGAAACACAGAGAAACUGAACAACACAGCUGCUGGUUUUAAGAUAACAUCAUUCACUUCGUAUCCCUCAAUUCUAAUUGUCGCUCCUCUUCGGCUUGUCAGAGGCAAAUGCAACCUGUGAAAAAUAAAAGCAUGGAUGUAUUGAGUGAGACCUGUGUGGAACUCCUCCUUGAAAAGACUAAGGUAAUUAAAUUCCUUAUAAGGUGAUCAUUCUGGUUUUACCAUGUCAUUAGCCGCCGGAAUCCAGUCGUUAGUCGCCGGAUUUCCGUGACAAGGGCCGUGACAGUCUGUAGCAGCAUCAGGAGCUAGGUUGAAGCUCAUGCCAUUUUCAUUCUCCACUUUGAUGAACCCUGUCCCGGUCUAGAAUAAAGCACAAAAGUUAACCAAAUCACAAAUGUAUAUGGGUUUUUUAAAGCUUCUAUUUUCCUUGGUUGAAUUUCAAAGUAACUACUGAAGUGUUGUUAAGGGAAGUUUCUGGGGUGGGAAAAUUACAGUGUGGUGGUGCUUGUCAACGCAAUUGAGAUCUUUGUAGUAUUCUGUUUCCACAAACUCUUCCCUCACCUCACUUCCAUUGUAGACCAGUUUCUGCGAGAGAAACACAUUAGGCAAAAACCGUAAAUGCAGGGAUAAACUAGACAUGAGUUGCGGGCAUGAAUAUGGCAAAAUCAAACCUUGAAAACAAGUGUGUGGUUUUUUUUAAUCCGCACACCUUGAAAACAAGUUCUACAAAACUCACUAGUGUACCCUUUACGGAGGCGUUGAGGGUCCAUUUGGUAAUCCCUGUAGUAGCUGAUCAUAGGCUUAAUUCUUGUACGAAUUUUUUCUUAUUUUGCGCCUUGUACACACAAUAAACAAACAAGGUAAGUGUACCAAACAUGCUUGCUUGCUUCCAAGUUUGCCUUCUGAAUUCGAGACUAGCCCACACAGUUUAAAGUGGUCGCUGGUACUAAACUGUAAACUUGAAAAUCUUGCAUUCAACUAUCGUGGGAAACUCUCUUCUCACGUGCGCAGGUCUAGAGGAGCUCUUGCAUAAUUGCAUUCUCAUUUUGGGUUCUCCUUCUAGGACUACUUUACCUCGAGCAAUCAAAAAAUCACUACCCUUUGUAAUUAUUAAAAAUCCUAGGCAACAUGAUUAAAAAAAAAAAAACACUUCAGACUAUACCUGCAAACAAACAUUGUUACUCUGGGAAAUCUAUUUGGCACGUAUCAUCCAAACACUUCCACAUAUUCAUAAUCUAAUGUUAAUCAUAUUCUCACGUGCGUAGGUCUAUUGAUUAGGGGUUUUUUUUUCCAAGCGGGUAUACAUAAGUGGGGGUUAGGGGUAGGGGUAGUUAGUAAGUUUGUCCAUCUGGGUCCAAAGGCCGUUCACAGCCUUGAACAACAAACGCUUGGCGGGGCUCAAGCCCCGAACCCUGGGGCAUCCCACAAGGGAAGGACCAAGAAAUACCAUUAGGCUACAAGUCCUUUGAUCUAUUGAUUAGGUUUGCACGCCCCUAAUUGUUGCUAAGGUAAAUAUAGUGGCUCAAGAUCUACACUGGAAUCUAAAACAUGUAGCCUUGACAAGGUCAAAAAGGUAAAAAAAUUGACGAUUCCAAAAGUCAUGAGAGAGAAAGUAUCCUAUUCUAAUUGUGAUGUUUCUGUCUGAUUGGAA